CGGAAUUUUUCGACUUUUGGACGUGUGAAACGUGUAGAACAUUUAGGGUUGCGUUUUGACUCUGGAGUGCGCUCUUUAAUAAGGUUGAAUAUUCCAGUAUUUUGAGAAGCUCGUGAAGUCGACUGGAAGUGGCGGUGAAAUUGCAUGCGCUUUAUCCGCGCGCAGAGAAAGUAAGCAGAUGCUGCCUCGGUGCGUCUCGCGCUUUUCCAGCACCGCGUCGAAUGAGUGAGAGAGAGAGAGAGCGAGAGAGAGAGAGAGAGCCACCUCUGUCUAUCUGAGCAUCCUGCGGAAGUCGUAGAAAGAGCUCAUGCGCCGCGUUGCUUCUCUCCUCUGAAGCAGAUGCACGCGCUCGGACACCUGGACCUUUAAACGCACAGAAUGUCAACAAAGACGCCGAAUGCAGGAGUGAAACAUUCAUUUCUCUCGACGCCUCGACAUCGCGAGUUUAUCCUUUUUUUCUUUCUUUCCUUUAUCCUCAGCGCAACCUGGACACUAUUUAAUUGAGCUCCUUAUCAGUUUGACCAUUUGGUCUAUUUCGUUAUUUUAUUAUUAUUAUUAUUAUUAUUAUUAUUAUUAUUAUUAUUAUUAGUAUUAGUAUUGUCUACUUUCUGAAGGCGGAACGACCACUUUAAUGAAGUGUUAAGGGCGCGGGGAUGCUUGUGUAGUUUAUUAAUUUUCACGGAUGGUGUCUGAUCUGAAGUCAAGCUGGUUGUGAAGGUGUUUGAGCUAUUCCCCACGCCCCCAGACGGAGUAACCAUGGCUGCGGGUGUAGCAGCCUGGCUCCCUUUUGCCCGGGCAGCGGCCAUUGGCUGGAUGCCCGUGGCCAAUUUGCCCAUGCCAGUGGCUCCACCUGACAUGAACAAACGGCAGGACGAGCUCAUCAUCCUAAACGUCAGUGGCCGGCGUUUCCAAACGUGGCGCAACACCCUGGACCGUUAUCCUGAUACCCUGCUCGGCAGCUCCGAGAAAGAGUUCUUUUUCAACGAAGAGACUCGUGAGUACUUCUUUGACCGUGACCCAGAUGUGUUCCGCAGCAUCCUGAACUUUUAUCGUACUGGCAAGUUGCAUUACCCACGCUACGAGUGCAUAUCAGCUUAUGAUGAAGAGCUGGCUUUCUUUGGGAUCAUCCCCGAGAUCAUCAGUGACUGCUGUUACGAAGAGUACAAGGACCGCAAACGCGAGAACGCUGAGCGCCUAAUGGAUGACCUUGAGGACAACAAGGACAGCAAAUUGCCAAACAUGACUUUCCGUGAGACCAUGUGGCGUGCCUUUGAGAACCCGCAUACCAGCACCAUGGCCCUGGUUUUCUACUAUGUCACUGGCUUCUUUAUCGCUGUGUCUGUCAUUACCAAUGUGGUGGAGACUGUACCGUGUGGCUCCAUACCCAACCAGCGGGACAUACCUUGUGGAGAGCGCUAUACAGUAGCCUUUUUCUGCAUGGACACAGCAUGUGUCAUGAUCUUCACCGUGGAAUAUUUGAUGCGGUUGUUUGCUGCACCAAGUCGCUACCGUUUCAUGCGCUCUGUGAUGAGCAUCAUCGAUGUUGUGGCUAUCCUGCCCUACUACAUUGGCCUGGUUAUGACCAACAAUGAGGAUGUGAGUGGCGCCUUUGUCACACUGCGAGUCUUCCGUGUCUUCCGCAUCUUCAAGUUCUCACGCCACUCCCAGGGCCUGCGCAUCCUGGGCUACACACUGAAGAGUUGUGCAUCUGAGCUUGGCUUCCUCCUCUUCUCCCUUACCAUGGCCAUCAUCAUCUUCGCCACCGUCAUGUUCUAUGCUGAGAAAGGCUCUGCCUCUAGCAAGUUCACCAGCAUACCGGCCUCCUUCUGGUACACCAUUGUCACCAUGACCACUCUGGGGUAUGGUGAUAUGGUUCCUAAGACAAUAGCAGGGAAGAUAUUUGGCUCGAUCUGCUCUCUGAGUGGAGUGCUGGUGAUCGCACUGCCUGUCCCUGUUAUCGUCUCCAACUUCAGCCGCAUUUACCACCAGAACCAAAGAGCAGACAAGCGACGGGCACAGAAAAUGCAGAAAGCGCGAUUGGCCAGAAUGCGAAUCUCAAAGACAGGCAGUUCGAACCCCUUCCUGCACACCAAGCGCAAUGGCAUGCUCAACCAAGCCCUGGAGCUAACACAUCAACAUUACAAGAUGAAACUGUUGCAUGAGCAGGGCUCCAAAGGCGAAGGGCAACAUCUGAAUAAGACGGCGUCAAUAAUAGACAGCCAACGCCACCACCUGCUGCACUGCCUGGAGAAAACCACGAACCAUGAGAUCAUGGAUGAGCAGCUGUUUGAGCAGAAUUAUGUGGAAAGCGGCCUGCAGCGUUUCCCGUCGCAGAGCUCUUCCCUCGCCAGCCAGGAGGGCAUCAUAGGGUCUUGCUGUUCCCGACGAGCCAAGAAAGGCUCUCCGCCUGCUAAUGCAGUGCACUCACACCCUCUCACACACCCACAUAUACAUUCACAUGCUCACAACCUGCAGGAGCUCAGCGCCAUACACAUCCAGUGUGGACAACAGCAGCCUCUCACCACUAGUCGUUCCAGUCUCAACAUGAUGCCAGAUGAAUCAGGAGGUCUGAACUGUAAGAGCAGCAGUCAGGUUACCACAGCAAUCAUCAGCAUCCCGACCCCUCCCACCAACAACUCCCCGAACAGCCCAGAAGUUCCGCCCAACCCCACCACCAACUCCAGCACGGGUGUGGUGAAGGUCUCCGCGCUGUGAAGGACAUGUGCCAGAACAAGCGAACGUCAGAACAGAGAGAGGGGAGAAGCACUCAGGAUGUGAAAACUGUAGAGUAGCCUGCCCCCUUGUGGGAGAAGAACAGCACUGACUCAAGUUCCUGAACAAGAAAAACCGAGGGGGUGAUGGAAACAAGUGUGUGAGUGUGUGUGUGUGUGUGUGCACGCGUGUUUGAAAGAGAGACAGAAAGAUGUAGAGAGAGAUAACAAUAGCAGAAGAGCCAUAACAACUUGAUCAAUCCAUCACAAGAUUGAUUAGAUGAGGAUGUCAAGAGUCACUCCGCAUCAAGCACUUUUUCUUUCCUUUUUGUGUUUAUUGUCUUGUAUUGUGUCUUAGGGAAGUGAUGUUUCGUCAACGUUACAGGCAACAAUUUCAGCAGCUGCUCAUAAGCAACCUUCAACUUUCAUAUAAUCCAAAAUAGGACGUUGAGGGACAGCGUAUCAUUUCUGUUCAACCAUUAAAAAUGUGUAAGCCACAUGAGCAGCCACACGUAGUUUGAUUUCACCAUUUUAAAAAGCUGAAGAGGAUGACAUUGCAAAGAUUACAUGCUAAAUGGAAUUUCAUUCUGACUAAUUGGUGGAUUAGCUAUACUGUAGUUAGCUUAGCUAAUGAUAUGGUUGAGAGUUGUUUUGUCGGUUUUUUUUUUGUUUUUUUAAUAGUGAUGACCAUUCAGGGUGGACAAAUCAUAAUUCAUUAGCUAGACCAUAGAGCAAGUCAAAGUUACAGUGUACUUGUCCAGAAUGCGAUAUUGCAGGGCAGUGAUCUCUGCUCAUCGCAGGGCAAUGUAACAUACUCUCUGAGGAAAGCACUGUCUAUUCUCUUCUGCAUGCAUGAGCUCACUGACCCCUCUGAUUGGCUAGUGUGAAUGUGAUUGACAGGGGAGAGAGAGUAUACAUAUCAAAUGAAGUUUUCUUUUGCAAAUGUAAACAGGAAGGUUUUUUUUUCUUUCUCUGGUUGAAUAAGAGGAGGAAAAAUCAAGGCCGAUGACCAUUUUAUAAACAGCCUGCUGAACCUGCUUGUCCGCUCGGCAACUGUGAAUGAAACAUGAGUAUCCCGGAUACGUUAACGUCCUUGUCCUGGGGCCCGGACUUGUGAUUUGUCCACUCCUGCCAUUACUUCCUAUUAUAGCAUUUCUCAGAAUUAAUAGUUACUAGAGAAAAAUAUUCAAUCAAAGUUUUUUUUUUAAUUGGCCACCAGCCAUCAUUUAUGGCUUUCAUACAAAACUACAGAGGAAAAACAGUCACGUGAUGAAAUUCUGGUCUAACAAUAAUAAUAGUGAGAACAAUGACAAUAAUAGUGAGAAGCUACUCACGAGACAGCAAAUGAUGAAUUAAAGAAAUUAAAAUUUUAAUGUUUAGUUACUAGAACACCUCGUAGAUUAUCAAUUAAUUGGAAUAUUCAAGACACAAGGAGGUUUUAAUAUAAGCAUAAUGUAAUAUUUCAAGUCUUUUUCAUCUGUGGUGUUGUUGUUGUUGCUAUUAGAUAUAUUAGUCAAUAAUUACAUGGCUAUCAUGCAGCUUUGAAAAAAAAAUUGUUCCAUAUCCGAACUCUGUAAAGACAAUAGGGUUAUUUUGACAAAGAAUAUGGGACGAUUUUUACAUUUCUUUUUGAGUGAGUGAGAGGGUCACUCCUCACUCCUGUAAGGUUAAGAGAAACAGAGUGUAUUUGAUAUGUUAGGAUCUUUCCAUAGGUGUGUGUGCGUGUUCGUAAGCUCUCAGCGUGCCUGGAGCCUUUCACACAGUAUGUGCCUCUCUUGGGGGAAGGAUUUUUUUUUUCCUCUUCUAAUCCACUUCCCCUUACUUCUUCUUCGGGUCCAAGAUGUUGAGUGGACAAACAGUGUCAAUCUCCAAAUCGUCAGUAAUAACCAUGUAAAGCGGAACCAAAAAAAAUCUAUAUAUAUCAAAUAGGUAUUCAAAAUAUCUGUGAUUAUAAGCACAAGGCAUUUGCUGAGAAUUUGUGAGUAGGAUAUGUACUAAGCCUUGGUUCGUUUGUGAAUAUUGUUAAUAGGAUAUUUUGUAAUAUUUGGCCAUUGUUUGGCAAACCGAGUGCAGCUGCCGCCAUUUUCCUCUUUCACUGUGGUCCAGUGCUGCCCUGUCUGCUCGUGUCUCUGAAAAACCAUGCUUUUGAUAGUUGGUUUGGUCCUAAGUGUUGUUUUCUUUCCUGCUCAGUGGGCAUUUUAUUGGAAAAAAAAAAAAAAAAAAAAGUAAACCUUGUUGUGUGUAUGUGUGUAUUCUACCUGCAUAGAAACUUUUGGUGUUGGCCACUCUUCUGUGUUGCUUUAUUUUGUCUUUUUCUUCUCGGAAAACAGACUGUCUCGAAUGAACUCAGCAUUGAGUCAUUGUUGCCAUGGUGACAGUGAAGCCACAAAGAGUUUUGACUGACACAUCCAUGGACCAAUCAGACGUCUUCUUCAUUACUUAGUCCCUGUUUCUUCAUGAUGGCCAUUUGUAGGGAGAAUGGCUUUGCCAAUAAUAGUGUAGAUAUGUGUGUUUGUGCUUUAGGACAGGGAUAACUAACUUGUUUCAUGCUUUAUAUUUUGUUUUCCUCAAUUCAAAGUUGCAUUUAAAGAAUUUAAAGGCUAUGAGUUUCCUUUUUUUUUUUUCUUGCCCUGGAUCUAUUUCUCCACUUUUAAUUAGUUAUCUGAUGUGUAUUUGAAUUAGUUAUCUGAUGUGUUAUUUCUUAGGCUGCAUUUACAUUGUGGGCCUCGAUGCACAAUUCCCAUAUUUUGACACAGAUCUGAUUCUUUGUCCUGUAAGAAAUGACCCAUAUCCAAUUCCCAUGUUAACAUCAUUCCCAUACCAAAAUGUGCUAGGCGAGGACACAGCAACUUUUUACCAGUAGCACCACCAUGGUUGUAGAAAGACAUGUAAUUACUGUUUUUUAGCCUCUUUGUAUUUGGCCUUUAAUUAGGGUUCCAAGCACCAAAUGUGCUGGAACCCUGUGGUUUUUGCUUAAGUUUUUCUUAUUCUUGUUUUUCUUCCCUAAAAUGAAUUAUGCAGACCAAACUGUAAGUCACAUAAACGUGAAAUUUUGGUAGUACUACAUCCCACUGCUCAGGCAAGAGAUGGGUCCAAUUGGCCUAAUGGUGGUGUUAUAGAGCAACAUAUACAUUUUAUAACUAAUUUUAUUAACCCCGCCCACAUUUGAAGCUAAUAUGCAUUUAUGCUAAAGCUACUUAUGCAAAUUAGUCCUAGGAUUUUGGGCGUAUCUUAAGAAAACUGGUGUUGAACAAUUAAGCAGAGUCAACAUGUUGAGUUUUGUAAACAGCAUGGCCGUCACAUGCCAAUCAAUUCUAUCAAGGCGGAGCCUAAUUUACUCAAACAGCUGUAAAUACAAGGCAUGUUUAUAAGGUUCUGAGGAGAUCUUGGUGUGUGGUCAUCGGUUUGAUUAGCUGUUUCUCAAGAACUGUAAAUUCAAACAAAGCUGAGAUUUGGCAUACUGCAUUGUUGUGCUAAUCUGUAAGUGAAUUUUUAAUGAUGACUGGAUUAUUCGAAAAACAUAGCCACGGUCAGCCAAUCAGCUUUCAGCAGGCAUUUCACACAAGCAUUGAUCUAAAACUUGAUAAGAUAUUAAUCUGUGGUCUCUUUAUUUUAUAUAACUAGGCAAGAACUGGCCACUGGAGGCGAUAUUUGCAAAGAGUGCAUGUACCAAGCAGAUUGCCGCUUUUGGCUAUAUUUUUAUAUUGCCAUUAGAGCCAUGACUGGCCUAUCAUCUCAUAACAAAGACAAUAACUUCAGAGAAAAUUGGAUGUGAGCAUUCAGAUACGAGACAAAUGACCAGAUUUCAGAUUUAGAACCUGUUUAUACUUAUGCAACAAUAUUCAAUCUUUGUCAGAAGAAUGUAAAUGCAGCCUUACUGUUUUUUUUGUUUUGUUUUGUUUGUUUGUGUUUUAUUUAGCUUUUUUUGUUUGGUUUAUCACAAUUUUAUCUUACUAACACUAUUUAUGCCCCUAAGCUUUGUACAGCUCUGUGAGUUCAAACGAUAACUUCUUGUAUAACUAAAACUGUGUAAAAGACAUUCUUGGUUUGAAAGGCUGUUUUGGAAAUAUAUUAGAGAUACAAUAUUUUCUCAUAGUAAUAAUGAUAUAGUAGAAACACCAGCAUAUAGUGUAAAUGUUCUUACUUCAGGAAAUUAGGAAUAUUAUAAUUAUUGUUCAAGACCAUCGGUUCCCUGUGUCUGAUUAUUGAGACUUACACUGCCACGUUUUACCACAUUGUACCAAUGUGGGUUUUUCUUUAACAUUCUUUUAGAUAUUUAAAAGACACAGAAUGAAAGCUCUUAAAUGGGCAAGAGCAUCAAGAUCAAAGUACAAGAUUUUCCCCCUGAUGUUCUACCUUCGUUUUAAGCCAUGGUAUCUGAGAUAGCCAUAUACAGAGACAGGAAUUGUUUUAUUUCCAUACUAUCAUUAAUCAUUUACAUGCAUCCAUCAAAUUGUGUACAACAAUUACAUGAUUCAAUUCAUUUCAAAUGCAAUUUUUCAUAUAUUUACAUGUCACUUUUAUUCAAUUAGACAUUUAAAAAAUAAAGAAAUUAAAUAAAAGAAAAAGAAAAAUGAGAUCUACUCUAUACCAUAACACGUAUCUACAAAGCAUUAGAUCAGGGGUGUACAAUCUUAUCUGCAAAGGGCCGGUGUGGGUGCAGGUUUUCAUUCCAACCAAGCAGAAGCCACACGUCAUUCUACUGAAAGGUAAGAUCAAUUGAAUAAACAAGUGGAAUCAGGUGUGUCUCCUGCUUGAUUGGAAUGAAAACCUGCACCCACACCGGACCUUUGCGGAUAAGAUUGGACACCCCUGCAUUAGACUGUGAUCUCAUGUUAGGAAUUGUGAUGCAUUGUAUCAGACACACAGUCUUGUCAAUAUUAAGAGAGAAAAGCACAUUGAUAUUUCUUUAUUUAGAUACAAUGUUAAAUCUGUGCCUGUAAUUACCAAAUAAAUCAGUCUCUGAUAAAGGAAUUCAGACUGAGAAAAAAGUUUGUCACAAAUGAGCUAGUGUAUAAUAGCAAAAUAAGACAGUCUUUCAAAAGAUAGUUGAACAAGACCCAGAGUUUUUUUUUUUUUUUUAAAAACUGUUUAUAAAGUAAAUCAGUGUCUGUCUAAGACAUGGUGAAAGUAAUCAAAGGUUCAAGAUCUGUCCUGUCAUAUUUGUAAUUAAAGAACUGUACUCAUCUGUCUGCCUUGCAGUUAGUUUCCCUAUUCAAUGUCUCAGCAUUUAUUUUGCUGUUCCUUUUUUUUUUUUUUUUUUUUUUU